CGCUCCCCCCGGUUUCUUGCAGCGCCGUUCGCUUCAUCAAACGACUAGCUACUUAUUCGUCUCCUCUGCAUUUUUCCCAUCGGCAUCUCUAUCACGCGACCCUGAAGCUCGGGUCCCAUUAAUUUGCUGACAAGGGAAGUCCUCGACGCACUUACUCUCCGGAAAACCAAAACGAAACGCAAGCGAAGACUAACCAGGGGGGUCUUCGCAUGAUUACUGCUGAAUUUGACUCCCCACUGCCGAUAUACUUAUCUGGAUCGUCGAGCUGCUUUGAGAAGUGGCGCGAGAGUUACUCUAUUUAUUCGUUCUUCGCAAACUCUAUGCAGGUGACGUUCCUAGAACGGAUGGCUUCAUUCUUCG